AUGCAGGGUCUACUGGAGCUUUUUGCUCUGGUCGGCCAGAUGACAGGCUUGAAUAGGGAAUCACUGACUUCAGACCAGACUACGCCAUCUAAUGCGAGUCUUGCCUACUCUCCACCAUUCUAUCCAUCACCAUGGAUGACGGGAACUGGCGAUUGGGCCGAGGCUUACCAGCAAGCAAGAGACUUUGUUUCUCAGCUGACUCUACUUGAGAAAGUCAACCUUACCACUGGUGUCGGAUGGGAAGGCGAGCAAUGCGUUGGAAACGUUGGUAGCGUUCCACGUCUUGGACUUCGCUCUCUUUGCAUGCAAGAUUCUCCUGUCGGAGUUCGAUUUGCCGAUUACAGCAGUGUCUUCUCCUCUGGCCAGACUGUUGCAGCCACUUUUGACCGUGGUCUCAUGUAUGCACGUGGUUACGCAAUGGGAUCUGAAUUCAAGGAUAAGGGAGUCUCUGUCAUGUUGGGCCCUGUUGCUGGUCCAAUCGGCCGUUCCCCAGCUGGUGGUCGAAACUGGGAAGGAUUCUCUCCUGACCCAUAUCUCACUGGUGUUGGGAUGGCCGAGUCCGUUAGAGGUAUUCAAGAUGCUGGUGUUAUUGCUUGUGCUAAGCAUUUUAUCGCCAACGAGCAAGAACACUUCCGUCAAGCUCCAGAAGCUAUCGGAUAUGGUUUCAACAUCACCGAAUCCAUCUCUGAGAAUGUGGAUGAUGUUACUAUGCACGAGCUUUACUUGUGGCCUUUUGCCGAUGCUGUCAAAGCUGGUGUUGGUUCCAUAAUGUGCUCUUACAACCAAAUCAACAACAGCUAUGGAUGCCAAAACUCGAAAUUGUUGAACAAUGUUCUCAAGGAUGAGCUUGGAUUCCAAGGAUUCGUCAUGAGCGACUGGCAAGCACAACACACUGGUGCCGCAUCCGCCAACGCAGGUCUCGACAUGACCAUGCCUGGAGAUACCUCAUUCAACACCGGUUACAGUUAUUGGGGCUCCAACUUGACUUUGGCCGUUCUCAACGGAACUGUCGCACCUGCUCGUCUCGAUGAUAUGGUUAUGCGUAUCAUGACACCUUACUUUUACGUCGGCUUGACCUUGGACGAGCCAGAGAUCAACUUCAGCUCAUGGACAAAGGAUACAAUUGGACCAUUGCACGCUUCAGUCGGCGCAGAUAUCCAACAAAUUAACUAUCAUGUCGACGUUCGUCGUGAUCACGGUGCUUUGAUCAGAAACAUUGGCGCGCGAGCUACUGUCCUGUUGAAGAACACCAACAACACUCUUCCAUUGGACAGACCAAAGUUUGUGGCCGUUAUUGGUGAAGACGCUGGACCAAACCCAUGGGGACCCAACGGAUGCGCUGAUCGUGGUUGUGACAACGGUACUCUUGCUGCAGCUUGGGGAUCUGGAAGUGCAGACUUCACAUACCUAGUCACUCCCGACUCUGCUCUACAAGCACAAGCGCUACAGGAUGGCUCUCGAUAUGAGAGUAUCUUGGACAACUACGCUACAUCGCAGAUUUCGGCCCUUGUUUCUCAAGCAAAUGCUACCACUAUCGUCUUCGUCAAUGCUGACUCCGGAGAAGGAUAUAUCAGCGUCGACGGAAACGAAGGAGACCGCAACAACCUCACUCUUUGGCACUCUGGUGACGCACUUAUCCAAAAUGUUUCUGCUCUAUGUCCAAACACCAUUGUGGUCAUCCACUCUACCGGUCCAACUUUGGUCGGUGAUUGGUACGACAACGAGAACAUUACUGCCAUUCUCUGGGCUGGUCUUCCCGGCCAAGAGAGCGGAAACUCAAUCACGGAUGUAUUAUACGGCAAAGUGAACCCAGCUGCAAGAACUCCUUUCACUUGGGCACCAACCCGGGAGAGCUACGGUGCUGAUAUCCUUUACGAGCCAAACAACGGCGAGGGCGCUCCUCAGAACAACUUCACAGAGGGUAUCUUUAUUGACUACCGUGCCUUGGACAGAACCAACACCACGCCAAUCUACGAGUUCGGAUUCGGUCUUUCUUAUACCACAUUCGAAUACUCUGACUUGACCAUCACCUCUGCCAACGCCAGCGCCUACGUUCCAACCACAGGAAUGACUAGCGCCGCACCCGUUCUUGGAAACUACUCAACCAACUUGAACGAUUACCAGUUCCCGAACUCAAGCUUCCCAUAUGUUGAGCAGUACAUCUACCCAUAUCUCAACGCAACGAACGCUUCUGCUGCAUCAAUGGACCCCAACUACGGACAAACUGCUGAUCAAUUUAUGCCACCAAAUGCCACUUCCACCGCUCCUCAGCCACUGCUCGCAGCUGGUGGUGCUCCAGGUGGAAACCCAGCGCUCUGGGAUGUCCUAUACACCGUCACAGCCACAAUCAGGAACACUGGUGAUCGCAACGGUGAAGAAGUUCCACAAUUAUACCUUUCUCUCGGCGGGCCAAAUGAUCCUCGUAUUAUCCUCCGUGGUUUCGAUAGAUUGAGCAUUGAUGCUGGUGAAAGCGCUACCUUUACCACCAACCUGUUGCGACGAGACCUUAGCAACUGGGAUACUGUUCAGCAGAAUUGGGUCAUCACUGAUUACCCAAAGACUGUCUACGUUGGAUCCAGCUCCAAGAACCUUCCGCUCUCCCAGUCGUUGAGUGGUAACAGUACUUCUACCUUGAGAAGACGAUUUUCGCAUUAA